GUGGUCAACAGUCACCUCUGUUUCUUAAGCAGUGACAUAGGAGCUGGGGUUUGGAUGACACCUGUAAUUGUUGCUAAGCUGUGUGGAAUCCUCUCCAACCUCAAGAUUCCGCUUCAGGAGGUCCGGGGUGGUGAUGCCCAUCUGCUACCACACUUGGUAACAUCCAGAGAAGGUCUAUGUGAAUUGGGAACCCACUUCUGCCCUUCCCUGCCAUGUUGCCUGUCAGUUGGGAAUUUCACACCCGACACACACAAACCCAGGAUAUCUUCACUAAAGUCACCAGCAGUUUUCCAAGAAUCUCUCCAUCAAACCAUUUCCCACCUCAGUGUGACCUUGACCUUUCCUAAGCUCCAUGUGUCCAAAUGCCCUAGCUGCGGACACUCGGUUGGCCGCUUGGCUGGCGAACACUUACAUCUUGGAGCUUCCAGUGCAGCCCCACCUGGAUCCCACCCCUCUAAUCUGAAGACCCCAGUAAUGUCUAAGGAGAGAAAUAAAGACAACUUUUUUUUUUUUUUUAAUCCCUAUCCCAACUGGAAUGGACUGGAAGAAGGAAACCUUGACCCUUGCUGCUCUGUCAGCCGUUGGGAGGCCCCAUGCCCAGGACUGGGAGCAUCGGGGCAGGGCAGCCUAGCCCAACUGACUUCCGCUGCUGCUGCUCUGGGCUCUGACUGUCCCACUGUUGUUACCACCGAAGUACUGGGCUUGAACUCGAGUUAAGAAGGCCACACGUGGAGACAGAGGGAAGGCAAGAAGGUGACGAGAAGACAGGAGGGUUGAAUUUGAACAGGGAAAAGAUCAAAAGUAAAGCCAGAAUCCUACUUG